GGAUCGAUAUCCAUUUCAUCCAUGUGAAGCCCUCCUACGUCCCUCACAGUCGAGCUGUUCAACCUUUGCUGAUGGUCCAUGGCUGGCCCGGCUCCUUCUACGAGUUCUACAAGAUCAUCCCUCUGCUCACGGAGCCUGGCAGACACAGCCUGAAUGAGGGUGACGUGGUGUUUGAGGUCAUCUGCCCAUCCAUUCCAGGCUAUGGCUUCUCGGAGGCACCGCACCAGAAAGGCUUUGACACCAUAGCAACUGCUCGGAUAUUUCAUAAGCUGAUGAACAGAUUGGGCUUCAAGGAAUACUACCUACAGGGAGGAGACUGGGGAUCUCGUAUUACCACAAACAUGGCCCAGAUGCUGCCACAAUCUGUGAAAGGGCUUCAUCUGAAUUUCAUCUUCGCCGGCAGACAAGGUUUGAGAAGGAUGAUUUCUGUGAUGCUUGGGGCUUAUGUACCAUGGCUCGUAGGCCUCACUAGGGAAGAUGUUCAACGUAUGUACCCUUUCUUCCAGAAGAAUGUAUAUGAACUUCUGCGAGAGUCUGGAUACUUACACAUCCAAGCCACCAAACCAGACACUGCAGGUUGUGGACUGAAUGACUCCCCUGUGGGGCUUGCUGCAUAUAUUUUGGAGAAAUUCUCUACCUGGACAGACAAAUCAUUUCUGCAUAAAGAUGAUGGAGGCUUAGAAAGCAAAUACUCUCUUGAUGAGCUUUUGACCAAUGUGAUGAUUUAUUGGGUGACAUCCUCCAUCGUGUCCUCAAUGCGAUUCUACAAGGAGAACAUCUCCAAGGACCCUGGUCUAAUUGCUGAUGCCAGGGUUGGAGUAUACGUUCCCACAGGGAUUGCAGCUUUUCCUCAGGAACUAGUACAUACACCACAUGCCUGGGCAAAGAAGAUCUUCAAGAACAUCGUCACUUACUCUUACAUGCCACAUGGAGGGCAUUUUGCUGCCUUUGAGGAACCAAAGCUUCUGGCACAAGACAUCAUGCACUUUGUCAGAAAGGUGGAACAGCUAUGAACCUGCAGUUUAGAUACAUACAUAGAAUGGAAGCAAGUUGUUUGCCACCAGCAGAACCUUUACUUUGAGGGAUUAAAUAAAUCCAAUGUAAUCACAUACAGAAGCCAGCAUUUUAUCUUUAUAAUGAUUAUAAUACUAAACUUGUUAAUCAAGCUCUU